UUCAGUUAGAAAAUCAGUUAUAGUUCUUAACCAAUAAAAAUGGUUAUGUUAAUGUUUACACGUUUUAUAAAUGUACGAAAUGUAAUAAAUGUUAAUAAUUUUGGUGCUGCUGGAAGUAUAUUAAAUGUUGUACGGCACUCGAAUGUUAUAUCUAAACCAUAUUCCACAACCAUCAAUAGUCAAAGUGAUAACGAAAUUUUUGAUGAUUUUGAAAAGCUACAGAAUAAAAAAAUAAAUAAAGCUAUGAAAGCUUAUUUACAACGAUCUAAAGACUACAGGACAUUUAUAGAAAAACAAAUACUUGAAUAUGAUAUUGGGAAACGACAUUUAGCUAAUAUGAUGGGUGAAGAUCCUGAUAAAUUUACACAAAAAGAUGUUGAUAAAGCCAUAAAAUAUUUGUUUCCAUCUGGUUUAUAUGAAAAACAAGCUCGUCCUAUAAUGAAACACCCAGACAUAUUAUAUGAUACUAUAAAUACAGCAGCAUUUGAUGAUUGUGGCAGACCACACCAUUUCUUGUUUUAUACUACCAAACCUAAUUAUUAUGAAGUACUUCAUAAAGUUGUAGAGUCGAUAAAUUAUUUAAAUAAAAUCGAAGACCACAAAAUACACAUGAAAUUGCAAAUUUAUUCUGAGCAAAAACUAAUUUUAACUGCAUCAACUUGGUUAACACAAGAAGAAAUGGAAAAGAAAUUACAGGAAAAACUUUGGUUGCCACAAUAUGAAUACCUUAUAACAAGUCUGGAAAGAGUUGUUGAUCAUCCUGUAUCAAAGCAUGUAGAACCUUUCAUUAUGGAGUAUAGAAAAAUGUUGAAAGACGUUACUGAUAGUACAGAAAUUAUAGAACCUCAAUACGAUAGUGAUAAUAGGCCUUUUGUUCUUGUUGAAAAAUGUGCAAGAAAAAGUACAAGAGGCCAGGUUAAGAUAACAGGUAAUGGAUCUGGAAAUAUUAGCAUUAAUGGAACGGAUAUCACAUACUUUAAUGACAUGCAAUGUCGUGAGCAAGUUAUAUUUCCGUUAAUGUUUACGAAUAUGGCUGACAAAGUUGAUAUUGAAGCAACCGUUUCUGGUGGGGGGCCAACUGGACAAGCAGGCGCUAUUCGAUGGGGUAUUGCAUGGGGGCUUCGAAGCUUUGUCGAUGUUAAAAUGAUAGAAAGUAUGAGAAUUGUUAACGAUAGAAACUACUGUCCAAUUGUAACUGCACGCCUUCUAUUAGAGCAUUAA